AUGCGCUUUAACACCGCGCUCACUUCGGCUUUGGUCUCCUCCGCCAGCCUCAUGGGCUACGCCCAUGCGGAGGAGGAAGCUGAUGCCACCGUCGCUGUUGAGAAGCCUACCUUCACUCCUACCAGCCUCAAGGCCCCCUUCCUGGAGCAAUUCACGGACGACUGGGAGUCGCGGUGGAAGCCUUCCCACGCGAAGAAGGAUGACAAGUCGGAGGACGAGUGGGCCUACGUUGGCGAGUGGGCUGUUGAGGAGCCCUCCGUCUUCAAGGGUAUCGAUGGUGACAAGGGUUUGGUCGUGAAGAACGCCGCUGCCCACCACGCCAUCUCCGCCAAGUUCCCCAAGAAGAUUGACAACAAGGGCAAGACUCUGGUUGUUCAAUACGAGGUCAAGCCACAGAACUCUCUUGUUUGCGGCGGUGCAUACCUCAAGCUUCUGCAAGAGAACAAGAAGCUCCACCAGGAGGAGUUCUCUAACGGCACUCCCUACGUGAUCAUGUUUGGCCCUGAUAAGUGCGGUGCCACCAACAAGGUUCACUUUAUCUUCCGCCACAAGAACCCCAAGACUGGCGAAUACGAGGAGAAGCACCUCAAGACUCCUCCCGUGGCCCGUACCAACAAGGUCACCUCCCUCUACACCCUGAUCGUGAAGCCCGAUCAGACCUUCGAGAUCCUCAUCAACGGCGAGUCUGCCAAGGCCGGCAGCCUUCUCGAGGAUUUCAGCCCCUCCGUCAACCCCGAGAAGGAGAUUGACGAUCCCAAGGACAAGAAGCCCACCGAUUGGGUUGACGAGGUCCAGAUCGCCGACCCCGAGGCUGCCAAGCCUGCUGACUGGGAUGAGGAGGCUCCCUUCGAGAUCCUCGACGAGGAGGCCACUCAGCCCGCCGACUGGCUCGAGGAUGAGCCCACCAGCAUUCCUGACCCCGAGGCCGAGAAGCCCGAGGACUGGGAUGAGGAGGAGGAUGGAGACUGGCUUGCCCCUACUGUUCCCAACGCCAAGUGCGCUGAGGUUUCUGGCUGCGGCGAGUGGACUCGCCCCAUGAUCAAGAACCCCGCCUACAAGGGCAAGUGGGAGGCUCCUCUUAUCGACAACCCUGCCUACAAGGGCGUCUGGGCUCCCCGUAAGAUCAACAACCCCGCUUAUUUCGAGGACAAGACCCCCUCCAACCUUGAGCCUAUGGGCGCUAUUGGUUUCGAGAUCUGGACUAUGCAGAGCGACAUUCUGUUCGACAACGUCUACAUUGGUCACUCCGUUGAGGAUGCCGAGAAGCUCCGCAAGGAGACCUUCGAUGUUAAGUUCCCUGUCGAGGAGGCUGAGGAGGAGGCUUCUAAGCCCAAGCCCGAGGUUAAGGAGGAUGGCCCCACCGUCACCUUCCAGGAGGAUCCCGUCGAAUUCGUUCGCCAGAAGGUCAACCAGUUUGUUGACCUGGCCAAGGAGGACCCCAUCAACGCCAUUAAGGCUCUCCCUGAGGUUGCCGGUGGCCUUGGUGCUCUCCUCUUGACCAUGAUUCUCAUCAUCUUCGGUGCCAUUGGUGCCAGCAGCCCCGCCCCUGCCCCCGAGAAGAAGGGCAAGGCCGCCGCUGCUGCUCCCAAGGAGAAGAAGGAAGAGGCCUCCAGCUCCUCUGCCGACACCGGCAAGGGCGGUGCCACCAAGCGCACCACCCGCUCCUCUGCUGAGUAA